AUGUCGAACAGUAGUUUAGUCAUACCCGUGGCACUCUGGGGCAAAAACCCCCCCACCCAUUCGAUAACCUGCCUGCUCAUGACAGCCAAUCAGAAGCACGUCGUAACCGGGUCCAAUGAUGGACAGCUAUGCGUCUGGGACGUCGAUUCUGAUUGGACGAUGUCAGCCCGAAUGGUGUUGUACGGCCACUCGUCGACUGUUACCUGCUUGGCAACGAUGAUGAUAACGAUGGUGACAACCGCAAAUGACGUCAUCAUCAUCGUCGUCGUCAUCGUUGUAAACAGAGAAAUGUGUCUGUGGGAUAUUUCGGAUGGUCGCUGUAUGGAGAGUAUCAAGUCAAACUACAUACACACCCAUUUACAGGUUUGA